CUUGUAUACUUGCUUAAAUCAGGAGGAUCCCUCAACAAGCGAAGAAACUAAUCGAGGAUUUAGUUUAAUUUAAUUAAUCGACGAAGAAGAGUGAAGGAGGCAGGAACUGGAGCUAGAAGAGGAAGAAGGGGGCAAGCCAAGAGAGCUCGAUCACUUUAAAAGGCCUGAACACCAACCAACCAUUUGCACCCAUAUAUGAUAUGUGUCAUAUUGCUAGCUUUUGAUACAUAGUUAUAACACACUUUGCUAGCUAUAGUUAAGCUAGCUAUCCAUAACAAGUUAGUUAUCAAGGUUGUGUGUGACUGUGUGUUGUGCAUGGGGCAUCACUCCUGCUGCAACCAGCAGAAGGUGAAGAGGGGGCUGUGGUCUCCUGAGGAGGAUGAGAAGCUCAUCAGAUACAUCACCACCCAUGGCUACGGAUGCUGGAGCGAGGUCCCCGAGAAAGCCGGUCUACAACGGUGUGGGAAGAGUUGCCGGCUGCGGUGGAUCAACUACCUCAGACCGGACAUCAGGCGAGGCCGGUUCACGGCUGAGGAGGAGAAGCUGAUCAUCAGCCUCCACGCCAUUGUUGGCAACAGGUGGGCCCACAUUGCCAGCCACUUGCCCGGCCGGACUGACAACGAGAUCAAGAACUAUUGGAACUCAUGGAUCAAGAAGAAGAUCCGCAAGCCAGCGAGCACAACGAGCUCGUCGGCGACGACGACGAGCCCUCCAUGCAGCACGGCGGCGUUGGAUGUAGUGCACGGCCACCUGCAGACACCGUUCAGCGCGGCGGACCACCAGCUUGACGCCAUCAUCAGCCAGAGCCUAGCUCUGCCGCCAAAGCUGGCGACUGGCGGCGGCCAAGAAUCGCCGCAGGCGCCACUGCCUCCACACUGCCCCUUGUUCAUGUUCGACGUCAGCAGCGUCAACCAUCCGUCGUCGCUGACGUCGACGGCGGCCCAGCUGCAGCACCCGUUCCUCGCCUUCACGGCGGCGGCGAUGGACGCGCCGAGCUACCAGCUGCCUCCCCUGGUGGACGGUAUAAGCAUGGGCAUGGGAGUCAUGGACUGCAGCUUAGGUGAGGAAAGAGGCGAUCAUCCCGAAGGCAACAAUGGCCAAGCGGUCGACACGGCGAACGGCGGCGGCUGCUGCUACUACGAGCAGCAGAAGCAGGAAGAGGAGCUAGGGCAGCACGAGCAGUGGGACGACGAGUCGGCGCAGCACUUGCUGAUGUGGGACGAUGACCAGGAACUAACACCGUCCAACCUGGAAGCCAUGCAAAGUGGUGCUCACUCCCUCCUUUUUAUGGGACCAAAUGACCAUGCAUGAUUAAGCUGGUGUGCAUGCAUCUAUCUCUGAUCUCUCUCUCUCUCUCCUUCUUGAUCUCAUCUGAUCUGAUCUAUCUCUUCCCUCUCUAGCUCUCACCCGAUCUGAUCUGUCUAUACAUAAAAAAAGAGGUUUUCUAAAGGAGCGUGUAAUUUAUUGUGUUGGAUAUUUCAUUUUUUUCAUUUGGAUUUUUCCAUUUGUUUUAACCUUUUUUUUUUUGUUUGGAGUGAAGACUGAAGAGUGUGUACAUGUUAAUUGGGUUUUUGCAAAGAGAAACUGCACGCAUGCAUGGCUGCAUAGCGUUGCACUCGGAGUGUAAUUUGAUUGAUGUAUCUAAGUGAAUUUAAAAUAA